CCUCCCCCCAGAUCCUCAGAGGACUGGGUCACCCUGGACCUUGCUACUUCCUGCUCCUGGUGGCUGCUGCUCAGAGCUUAUGGAGCUGUGGAGGCAACUGAAGGAGGCCAGAUUGGUGCCUCUGGGGCUGGGUCCACCCCCUCAGGCCCUCAGGGGUUUCUCCCCAGUGGAGAGCCCUGGCCAGACCCACAUGUCCCCAAGGGCAGACAUUGGAAGUGCCAGGGAGAGUCUAUUGUGGAUCCGAGAGGAGCUGGGGAACCUGCGCCAAGUGGACAUCCAGCUGCUGGGCCAGCUAUGCAGCCUGGGGCUGCAGAUGAAGGCCCUUCGGGAGGAUCUGGUUACCAUCCUGGAGGAGGAGGCCAGGUGGGAGGAAGAGGAGGAGGAGAGCUGUGAAGAAGAGGAGGAGGAGGACGAAGAUCCCCAGAGGAAACAGGAGGAAGAACACUCAGGGGCCUUCUCCCUAGCCCUAGGCCCCCCUGACUUUGAGAUGACAAUCUGAGGCUCUGCCUGUGUGAUUUUAUUAGAGUGAUACACAAAUGUAAUACAAAUUUAUGCAAAAGAUGGGGAGAUUUGUAGGACAAAUCAGGUUUGGAAUCAAGUGUGCUGCCAGAGCAAGUGCUUUCUCUGAAGAUGUCUGCUGUGAGAUUUAGGCGUUGGCCUGUGAGCUGUGGGCAUGUUUGCAGAUGACACAGGAGGUUGCAGAGAAGCUGCAGGUUGCAUUUGCAGAUGCACCUGUGUGCAUUGCUGAGGAAAGAUGGGUCUUUGUCAAUGUGAUGGAGAUGCUUGCAGAUGAAAUGUUAGAGCAAUGCCGUCCAAUAUAGUAGCCACUAGCUGAAUGUGGCUAUUGAGUAUUGAAACAUGGUGAGCCACAGCACCCUGGAGAUGUGCUGUGAGGGUAAAAUACACACCAUACUAUUAUUAUUUUGAGACAGAGUCUCACUAUGUUGCUCUUGGUAGAGUGCUGUGGUGUCACAGCUCACAGCAACCUCAAACUUUUGGGCUUAAGCCAUUCUCUUGCCUCAGUCUCCCAAGUAGCUGGGACUACAGGCGCCCACCACAACGCCCGGCUAUUUUAUGUUGCAGUUGUCAUUGUUGGUUAGCUGGCCUGGGCCAGGUUCGAACCCACCAGUUGUGUGGUUGGCACCGUAACCACUGUGCUAUGGGUGCUGAGCCAAUACACACCAUAUUUUAAAGGGUUACUAUGGUAAAGAGAAUGUAAAAACAUCUCAAUAAUGUUUGAGAUUCUUUGUUGAAAUGAUAGUAAUUUAAUAUAUUGGCAUAAAUAAAAAUAUUACUGAAAUUACUUGCAGGUUUGUUUGUU